AUUAAGUGGUAAUUUGUCUACAACUAUAAAAUGUUUGUGUAUGAAACCAGCAGAAUUUGAUGCUUACCAACUCAGAAAGGCCAUCAAGGGAUUAGGAACAGAUGAAGAUGUUUUAAUAGAAAUAUUAUGUACCAGAUCUAAUGCUCAGAUAAAUCAUAUCAAAACAGUUUAUAAACAAAAAUUCAACAAAGAUCUGGAGAAAGAUAUAAUUGGAGAUACGUCUGGUCAUUUUAAGCGUCUGCUGGUGACGUUAGUACAGGCGAAUCGUAACGAUAGUAACCAGAUUGACAGAAAUAAAGCUCAUCAGGAUGCCAAGGCUCUGUAUGAAGCAGGAGAGAAGAAAUGGGGCACGGAUGAAUCUAGAUUCAAUGUGAUACUAGGAAGUCGAAGCUACCCUCAGUUACGUGCCACGUUUGAAGAAUAUAAGAAGAUAUCAAAGAAGGAUAUUGAACAAGUUCUAAAGAGUGAGAUGUCAGGAGAUAUAUUAAGAGCUAUGUUAACUAUUGUAAGAUGUGUCAAAAAUAAAGUCGGCCAUUUUGCUCGUCAACUCCAGAAAACCAUGAAAGGUCUUGGAACUGAUGAUGAUACUCUAGUAAGGGUUGUGGUCUCUCGAUGUGAAACAGAUUUAGUUCAAAUUAAAGAAGAAUUUGAAAAAUUGACUGGACAGACUUUAGAACAAUAUAUUGCAGAUGAUAUCUCUGGAGAUUAUCGUAAUGUUAUUCUAGCUCUGGUUUUAGGUGGUGAUCCACCAGAUACAGCAUCAAAAUCUGGUAAAGGUUUUGUGGAAGCUGUUAAAAAUAAAACAGAUGAACAAUUAGAUGAGGAUGUUAAAUUAGAAAAUGAACCAAGACAGGAAGAUCCUACUGUCAAACCAUUUGAAGGUUUUAAUGCUGAAGAAGACUGUGAGGUUCUGAGAAAAGCUAUGAAAGGAUUUGGAACUGAUGAGGCCGCCAUCUUGAGUGUGUUGCCACGACGAUCAAAUGAACAGAGAAUAGAGAUAGCUAAAUCAUUUAAAACAAUGUUCGGAAAGGAUUUAGCCAGUGAGUUGAAAAGCGAAUUGAGUGGUAAUUUUAAAACAAUUUGUACAGAUCUAUUGUUAUCUAGUGCUGAAUUUGAUGCUAAAAAACUCAAUAAAGCCAUCAAGGGUUUAGGUACAGAUGAACAAGUUUUAGUGGAAAUUAUUUGUACCAGAUCAAAUGAACAACUGAAAACUAUUAAAGAAACUUAUAAAUCAUUAUAUAAUAAAGAACUAGAGAAAGAUGUAGAAGGUGAUACAUCUGGUCAUUUCAAACGAAUUCUUGUAUCCAUACUACAAUGUAACAGACCAGAGGGAACAGAAUUUGAUAGAAAUAAGGCCAGACAGGAUGCUCAAGCUUUACAUGAAGCAGGAGAGAAGAAAUGGGGAACUGAUGAAUCAAGAUUUAAUGUUAUCUUAUCAUCGAGAAGCUACGCACAAUUACGAGCUACCUUCCAAGAAUAUGCCAAGCUGGCUAAUAAUGAUAUUGAAGAUGUUAUAAAGAGUGAAAUGUCUGGUGAUAUCAAAAACAGUAUGUUAGCCAUUGUGAAGUGUAUUCGUAACAAGGCAGCGUAUUUUGCUAGUGAGUUAUAUCGUGCUAUGAAAGGUCUAGGAACUGAUGAUGACACGCUGGUAAGAAUAGUCGUCUCUAGAUGUGAGGUGGACAUGGUUCAAAUUAAAGAAGAAUUUCAGAAGAAUUAUAAACAAACUCUGGGAAUGUUUAUCACGGAUGAUACCUCUGGGGAUUAUAAGAAAGCUUUAUUAAUUCUGAUUGGAGAUGAGGCACCUAGUAAGAAAAAAUAG